CUACUACCAGUGAGUCCGGUAAGCACUACAAGAUUGCUCGAACAGCAAAAACGUGUCUCAGAAGUUUUGUGUAAUCCAUCAGUGUGAGUGGAGUGCUGCGAAGUACCAAUAGUGAUUUCCCAACACGGUUCCAGAUUUAUCCACACCGGAAGUGAUUGCUAGACAUUGAUCAGAAUGUUCCGCCUACCGACAGUGUUGCGUUGCGCCGCCGCUCGCCAGGUUGCCGCCGGCUACCGUGGCUACGCCAAGGAUGUCCGCUUCGGACCGGAGGUUCGCGCCCUGAUGCUGCAGGGUGUUGACGUGUUGGCCGAUGCCGUGGCCGUCACGAUGGGACCUAAGGGUCGCAACGUAAUCCUGGAGCAGAGCUGGGGCUCGCCCAAGAUCACCAAGGACGGUGUCACCGUGGCCAAGGGAAUCGAACUGAAGUGCAAGUUCCAGAACAUUGGCGCCCGUCUGGUGCAGGAUGUGGCCAACAACACCAACGAGGAAGCCGGCGACGGAACCACCACGGCUACCGUCCUGGCCCGGAGCAUUGCCAAGGAAGGGUUCGAAAAGAUCUCCAAGGGUGCCAACCCGGUGGAGAUCCGACGCGGUGUGAUGCUGGCCGUCGAUGCCGUCAAGGUCCACCUGAAGAGCAUGUCCCGUGCCGUCACCUCGCCGGAAGAAAUUGCCCAGGUGGCCACCAUCUCGGCCAACGGAGACCAUGCCAUCGGUGAUCUGAUCAGUGAGGCGAUGAAGCGUGUCGGAAAGGACGGUGUCAUCACCGUCAAGGAUGGCAAAACCCUGCACGACGAACUGGAGGUCAUCGAGGGAAUGAAGUUCGACCGUGGAUACAUUUCGCCGUACUUCAUCAACUCCAGCAAGGGAGCCAAGGUUGAGUUCCAGGAUGCACUGGUGCUGUUCUCGGAGAAGAAGAUCUCCACCGUCCAGUCGAUCAUUCCAGCUCUGGAGCUGGCCAACACGGCUCGCAAGCCACUCAUCAUCAUCGCCGAGGAUGUUGAUGGAGAAGCUCUGAGCACGCUGGUCGUGAAUAGGCUGAAGAUUGGUCUGCAGGUAGCCGCCGUGAAGGCCCCUGGAUUCGGUGACAACAGGAAGAGCACCCUGUCCGAUAUGGCCAUCAGCACCGGUGGUGUCAUUUUCGGCGAUGAUGCCAACCUGGUUAAGUUGGAGGAUGUGCAGUUGUCGGAUUUGGGACAGGUCGGAGAGAUCAGCAUCACCAAGGAUGACUGUAUGCUGCUGAAGGGCAAGGGCGAUUCCAAGCUUGUUGAAGCUCGCGUCGAACAGAUCCGCGACCAGAUUUCCGAAACGACUUCCGAGUACGAGAAGGAAAAGCUGCAAGAACGUCUCGCUCGGCUGUCGUCCGGCGUUGGCGUUCUGAAAAUCGGUGGUUCCAGCGAGGUGGAAGUCAACGAGAAGAAGGAUCGUGUCAACGAUGCCCUGUGCGCUACUCGCGCCGCUGUUGAAGAAGGUAUCGUUCCCGGAGGUGGCACUGCUCUGCUGCGUUGCAUCAAGGCCUUGGAUAACCUGACGGGAUCCAACGAUGAUCAGAAGGCAGGCAUUGAAAUUGUGCGCAGAGCGCUGCAUCAACCAUGCACCCAAAUUGCCAAGAACGCCGGAGUCGAUGGCUCGGUCGUCGUUGCCAAGAUUCUCGACCAACAGGGUGACUUUGGCUAUGAUGCCCUGAACGGUGAGUACGUCAACAUGAUCGAGAAGGGAAUCAUCGAUCCGACCAAGGUCGUCCGAACGGCUCUUACCGAUGCCGCCGGAGUUGCCUCGCUGCUGUCCACCGCCGAAUGUGUCGUGACGGAGGAACCCAAGCCCGAAGGUGCCGCUGGCGGCAUGCCAGGCAUGGGCGGCAUGGGUGGAAUGGGCGGUAUGGGAGGCAUGGGUGGAAUGAUGUAAAUGCCGUACUACCUCCACAACCCUUCUAAAAUAAGCAAAUGUUAAGACUCGUUUAACCGUUAAGAGAAACUUUGAAACACAACUCAGAAGAUGAAGCUACUUGGAAGGAUGUUCCUCAAAAAACCUAGCAAGUUAAACCCAAUGGAAAAUCCUCUCAUCUACCUUCGUCCGAUUGUGUUCAAAUGAAGCAUUUAAGACACGUCAGACUCGUUCAAUCUUCUCUCGCAUUUUAAAAGCAUACACCGUAUGAGGAAGACCCGUUAUAUAGUAGUUAUUAAAAACAAGCGUCAAUCUUCCCGCAGAUCCUUCUUCCUACCGUGCACCUAUCAGUAACCACGAGCUAUCGAGCGAGCGCGAUUGUGAUUAGACUGUGUGCGGUUCAACGUUCUGAUCGAUGCAAGGAUAGGUAUUCAUGUGGUCGCGGAAGUUGUUUUAAAUUAAAACAACCCAACGCAGGCACAGCAAGCAAACCCGAGCAUACACAUACUGUACAAGCAGAGGAAAAUCACACGGAACGAUUAUCAUUUGUGUAAUUUGUCCUC